UUCACUCUCACUGUUCGCUGUUUAAGGUAGUCUCGCCUCACUUACGGUUUUCAAAACGGCUCGACCGUAAGUCUAUUUAUCCUGGUGAACUUUACAGAGAGAAUAGUGGAAAAAAGAAUUGAAAGUGUGGUUUAAAAUUGUCUCGUGUUACGGUGUUUUCAAGAUGGAGGUUGAAUUUAAGAAUCUGGGGAAUUCUUUAAAAAAUUUAAGCUGCGACUAUACAUACGUGCCAUCUGCAAUAGAACAAAUAGAAAGUUUCAGUACAUUUGGUAUAGGUUUAUUAAGCUUUGGCGCCAUACUCUCCACUUUGACGUUGUAUUUCGCAUUAGACGCUUGCUACAAUAUUUUCCAUCAAAAGGAAACAUGGUCCUACAAGAAUAACAGUAUCAUGCUACUUUUGUUGUAUCCUGUAGCGAGUAUCUGCACUCUUACGGCUCUUGGAAUACCAAGGACCCAAUUACUGUCGGAAGCCGUGAUCCAAAUAUAUCUGGCGAUAGCCCUGUUUCGACUGUAUCUGCUGUUGGUCUACGUGGGUUUCAAAAAGAUCACGAAAACGCCGGCAUUAAUGCUGCGAGCGAUGCCCUGUUGCUGUUGGCCCUGCCUCCACUUUCCAAGUCUUGAAAUGACCGAUAAUAAUUUGUCCUGGCUCCGACUGUUAGUCCUGCAACUUCCUAUUAUCCAGACUCUAAUUUACAGCACGUUUCUGUUCAUGUCGUUCGAGGAGCCCCGUCUCUCGGAUCAAUACGCGAUUUUUUUCCAACCGCUUUCGUUGGCCAGCGUGCUUCUCGGAGUGUACGGGUUGACCGUUACUACGAAGAGUCUGCAAGAAGUCGCUCCAGAGGCGAAACUUCCACGCAAGACCAUAGUGACCCAGAUAGUGCUGCUAUUUUCGAAGCUGCAGGCGUUCAUUGUGAAGGGUUUGGUGCAAACGGGCCUGUUUCCCUGCAAUCCACCAAUUACACCGCAAAUUUACGCCAAUGUUACCCACAAUGCCCUGAUGCUAAUCGAGAUGCUGUUGCUCUGCUACACGGCGAGGUACGUUUAUUACGUCGACCUGGAAAGGGAGGAAGAGACUGGCGCGGUUGAGGCGACAGAUCGGUCCAAAGACAAGAGCACGGAACAAGCGAACUCGACGAAUAACAACGAGGCCAGCAACAGGCAGCCAUCAACCUUGACUACCACUGUGUCGAAUCAUCGCUGCGACUUCUCCAUCAGCGAAACUUUCUCGACGAUGCCUACCGCAGCCUCUGCACAAGCAUCGAAAUCUCCAGCACGGAAGAAGAACCGGGAGCUGUCGGUCCAACUAUGAGAACAGCCAUACCUCGUAGUGAAUUCACCACCCGUCACUACGCAUUAUCGCAUCGCAUGAACGGCUGACAGAUCACAGUGGAUACUCGACGAAAUGACUUGCAGCCUACACACAUUUACGAAACGUGGCUGAAGGGUACUCGACCGUUUUCGAGACAGAGAGAGAGAGAGAGAGAGAGAGAGAGAGAAUGAGAAAGAGAGGGGGGAGGGGGGAGAACCACUUCGACGUUCUAACGCAAUGCUCUCUCUUUUUCUCUCUCUUUUUCUCGAAGGAAAAAAAUCGUUUAGGGAGAGGUGUGUCGUUCCAUCGAAACGAAGAAUACUGGAAGAUAUUAUUCGUGAUGUAUAAUUAUCGUCGUGUGCGUAAUCAUCUUGAAAUAACGGGUUGGAGUUUGGAUUUUUUUUUUUUGUCAGUCUGUGUUUCAGAGAUACACAGAGUGUACGGGUUUCUUGUAUUGGGCUAAUGAUAGACGGCUAACCGUUGCACUCCUGGGGACAAACUUCUGUUUGUCGCAGAGGAGGAUCGAAUUCUUUGCUCCAACGUUUGGAUCUACGAUUGGGAUACGUGAAAGGUGUUUACAUACGUGCAGCUGGAUGAAAUUUCUUUUAAGAAGGACUACGGUAGCCGAGAGAGAGGAUUGUGCUAAGUCAAAAAAUCAACAUUAAGGCGCGGGGUCCGCGUCUUGAAUAGAAUUUUUUGUUCGGAAUAAGUAUUACUACUACAGAUAUAUAUCUCAUCGAAAAGGUAUAAAGGUAAAAAGGUAUUUCACAAUCGUUUUAAAAUUUAUAAACUGUAUUUAAAUAAGAAACAAUGUAAAACAUGCAAGAGAUAUGCUAAGACUCUUUACAAAAUUCGAAAAUAUUUUACGAAAUGCAUGAUUUCAUUCUUUCAUCGACGACAAAUUCUUCGAACUUUAUUUCUCCAAAGGAAAGUGAAUUUAAAUUUCUGAUGAUCAAACUUUGCUCUCUUUCUCUCUCUUUCUUUUGUAAAUAGAAACAUCUCCAUGAGAUUUCUUUUUUUAAAAAUCUCGCGUCAAAGAGAUUUGCAAAUUCGCAAAGUAUCGGUCAUUUCCAAAAUUCUUAAUUCAUAAUGAAAAAAUUAAUUUUCACCUCUCUUCGCCUCAAUCGUUUCAAAGAUUCGAGCGAAAUAGUAGAACUCGAUCGAUACAUUUUUGAAAAAAACGAUACUUCUCAAUUACCGAGAACAGACAUCCAAUCUUUGUUUCAGACUCGAGAAGAACGGAGGCAAGUAGAAGAUGGACAAUAGAAGCAGCGAAACAAAGUUUGAAAUUCGAAGAAACCCCUCGAAGAGUUUCUCGAAGUCGUCUCGUUGGCGCGGAGGAGGAAGAAUGUCGGGAAGAAUUAUCACCGGCGCGCAUCAGGAAGUGUCCCAUUACAUUCGUGGCGGCACGCCGAUUUUUCUCUUUCCAUGUUUCGGAACGAUCGAUCGUCACCACGGUGGCGCGACUUCUUUUCGACUUCUUUCCUCUUUCUCUUCUGUCCCCGCGACACAAGAUGAACGUUCUCGAGAUAAGAAGAGGAGUUCCACGAAGACUUACCUUCCACUUUAUUAUUCCUCCCCGUGCUCAUAGUUUCUGGCCCGCGGCUCGCUUUUGCCCCCGACCUUGCAACUAUUAUUACAGAACGUGGCGAGUUUCACGAUGCAACGGACACGAACGUGAAACGAGCCACGCGUUUCGCUUCGAAUCUUUGUAACUUUCGACCACUUGGCAUUCGUUGCCAACGUCGAAACAACCGUUUCCGUCGGUAAGAUAAGAUGGUGGAUGGAAUUUUCGUGGAAACACAUCUAAAUGAUGCCAUUUCCUUCUCGAUAACUCUCGAACGUGAACUCGAUAUUUAAUUAAGAUCGCUUUUUCGUUUCGUAAGUUCGUUUCGUAAAGCAAAAUCUUUCUUUUGAGAUUCAUUGAGAAAGAAGCGAGUAUUUGUACCGUAUCGUAGAUAAUCACAUAUUUUGGAACACCGAUCACUAUAAGAAUAUUUAUGCAAAAUAAAAAUUUGUACGAUUAAAGAAAUCGAGAUUCAAAUAGAGAUUCGUCAAAUUUCACAAUACGUAUUAUACUUUAUAAAUAUCUUGCAUCUCUUUUGAAUAAUAUUAUUCUGUAGACUUUCUUUACACUUUUACACAUUUUUCGUAAAUGCAUAAAUAUCCACAAAGUAUUGAUCGCAUCGGCAUUAAUUAUUACUACUAUUUCUCCGCUUCAUUGAUUUUCUUCCAACCAUCGUCGAACGUGGCUCGAAAAAUAUACUCGAAACCGGCAAUCACUCGGAUGAUCACAAGCGAGACCAGGCGUAAUGACGGGGCGGAAUCAUUAAAAUCGAUCAGAUUGGAAACGUAAUCGCGAUUUCCAACCACGAAUCCCUUUCUUGCCAGGCAUCGGUCGGCUAAACCAUAGAGCAAGGAGAAGCGCACCGUAAACGGGUUCGUGAGGGGACGUUACACGCCGCUCCCAAAGUAUAUUGCGUGCCCCCUCAUUUUUUGACCGAUUUGAGGGCCUGCUGCCUACCUGCAACCUGGGCCCACCGACCCCACAAAACACUCUCCAUCCCUUUCUCGGCCCUCUUCCUCCCUCUUCACCCCUCCGCCGCAUUUAUCCGCCUCCCAACUUUUUUCCUUUUCCUUUCAUCGCGCAACCUUUUUCCUUCGGAACCGUAAUCACGAUCGAGAUUCGAACAGCGUAAUAGAUUUAACAGUUUCUUUUGAUCCCCUCGCGGUUGCGGGAUCGAUUCGAAGGGAGGCCGAGGGAAAUCUCUUCCUCUCUUCUUUCAUUCGAAAGAAUCAUCGAUUCGUUUAUUUUAAACGAGUUGGCGCAAAUGUGAUACGAUAUAUACAUAUAUAUACGAAAUAUAAGACGAGUUUAAUUUAAAAUCUGAGGUAUCCUUAACUGGUAAUUAUGUUAAUCAUAAUCAUAAAUUUGAAACGGGAUUUCGAAUGAUCGUAGCGAAGUAUAAUAAUUAACAUUGUAUGGGAAGAAUGAAUUUACUCGUUAUAUUUGAUUUGAAUCGUGGCGAUAUCGAUUAAAUACACCACUGGAUGGUAAAAAAAAAAUGUUUUUGAUGGGGUUUAAAGAACAAUAAUAAGGCAAAUUAUACGUUUUGCAUCGCAAGAAAAACGAUCGAAUUACUCUUAAGUAGGGGACAUCAAGGGUAGAUUGGGACACGGAGUGCAGUGAUUCCGAAAUUGUUGAUUGGUAAUCUUCGGUGGAACUAAUUAAGGCGGCCGACUUGGAUCCACCGUCCAAAUUGUUUUCUAUGCCGGCUUCCCCUCUGUCUCGAAUAGAUAGCCUUGGGAGAUCUUUUUUAACCCGUGGAAUGGGUUAACGAAAAAAAAAAAAAAGAAGAAGAAGAAGAAGAAGAAGAA